AUGUGGAACGAUCCUGAUCUCGACUCGACAAGUGGACAGACGGCUGCCUCAGGGGUACCACUCAACUACAGAGACAGGAAAGCCAAUGCCAUAAAGAACGAACUGUCAGCCUUUGGUUACGAGGCACUCCUCUUCCAGGCCGACAGCGUGGCUGAGGCCAUCGAGCAAGGCCAAUGGCUCAUCACCUGGCAAGGGGAUGAUCCCUCUAGCGAAUACGCGCUCUGGCUCGACAGAUAUGAUGUUCGGAACCUACUCGACGAUCAGAGACUGUUCACAGGACCGCGAGAAAUUUACGAUAAUUACUUCCUGAACGAUUCUGAUGAACUCGACGAGGAGCGCUUUGAGGAUCUGGAUUCUGACGAGGAAUUACUGUUCGAUAUGGACGAGGACGAGCGGAAAGACUACUUGGGUAAGGCGGGACGGCUUCGAAAACAGGAGCAGCAAGAAGGAUCUAGUUACAGAGGAGUCCACUAUGAUUAUGAUGACAGCCAGGAAGACCAAGUUCUCGAGCCAAUAUUUCACUUGCACUUUGAUGUACCCGAAGGGAUGGCCGUGCCGGAGAACGAGAAAACGCUUGCGCUGAUCGAGCGGACGGCCAAGUUUGUCAACAGCAGCACAGAGUCAACUAUGGAGAUUAUCCUUCAAGCAAAGCAGGCAUCCAACCCUAACUUUGCCUUCAUGAGCAAACGGCACCACCUCUUCCAGUUCUACAAGCACGUCCGAUGGCUGAUGCAGACAGGGCUCUAUGAGUAUGCCGAGGAGGUUCGGCAACGGGAAGAGGAGGAAGCGAGGGCGGAGCAAGAAGAGUUGGCACGGAAAGCCGCUGCACUUGCCGAGAAGGAGCUACGACUUCGUUUGGAUCUGGUGAAGGUGAUUGAAAAGACGAUCGAAUUUCUAAAGGAACACCAAGACGAUCCCGUAUACGAAAAGAAGCUGCUAUCAAUCACCGACAUUCGAUUCGAGUUCAUGAGGCCUGGACAUGCAUGGCAUGACUAUUACACGACCAUGAAACGCGAGAUCUUCGACAGCCACAUUAUCCAGACCUCACACUCGGAAUCCGACGCCAGCCUAAUUACAGAGCAGUCGGCGACACUUUCGGAAACUGAGAAACGUUCAGAUGAGGACUCGGCUAUGGGGAUAUCGGAGGCGACGACUGUCGACGGCACUAAAGAGAUGACGUCCUCUGCUGCUGGUCAUGAUACGUUACAUGCCAGCCUAGUGAGCGAGGCAUCAUCCAUCAGCAGCGGCAGGACGGACGAGAUGCGCCGAUUAGAUCGCCUUCAGAGAAUCAAGGAGCUGUUUAGGCAGAAACAGAGGAAAGGUUCGGAUGAAGGAGUAGACCAAUGUUGCACGUCCCUCGUCGAGAUCAAGGUCUAG